AUGGUGCCCGUGGUGGUGCUCUGGGGACUCAUGGCCCUCAUUGGCACUGCCAGGGGCUCAUACACUCACUCCAUAAACCCUCCUGUGCACCCUCGUCUGUACCAUGGCUGCUAUGGAGACAUCAUGACCAUGGAGACUUUUGGGGCCCCCUGUGACAUAAACAAUCUGAUGAGCUGUGGGAUCCAUGGUUCGGAAAUGUUUGCCGAGAUGGAUUUGAAAGCCAUAAAGCCUUACCGGAUCCUCAUCAAAGAAGUGGGGCAGAGACACUGCAUUGACCCAGCCCUCAUCGCCGCCAUCAUCUCCAGGGAGAGCCAUGGCGGAGCUGUCCUGCAAAAUGGCUGGGACCAUAAAGGGCAGAGGUUUGGCUUGAUGCAGCUUGAUAAAAAUAUGUACCAUCCUGUUGGUUCCUGGGACAGCAAGGAACAUCUUCUACAGUCUGUUGGGAUUCUAACAGAAAGAAUUAAGGCAAUGAAGAGGAAAUUUCCCACGUGGAACGCAACUCAGCACCUGAAAGGUGGUCUGACUGCUUUUAAGUCAGGGAUGGAAACUAUUGUCACUCCUGCAGACAUAGAAGGUGACUUAGUGGAUGACGUCCUUGCCCGGGCCAAAUUCUAUAAGCGACAUGGCUUCUAG